AUGAGUAGACUUUUUGUUGGAGGACUUGCUUGGAGUACAGUGGAUGAUUCUCUCCGUGCGGUAUUCGAGGAACACGGUAACGUUGAAGAGUGUGUCAUUGUCAAAGAUCGUGAAACAGGUCGUUCGCGUGGUUUUGGCUUUGUUACAUUUAGCACCGCAGAAGAAGCCAAAGCAGCUAAAGAUGCUUUGAAUGAAAAAGAACUUGAUGGUCGUACAAUCAAAGUAGAUUCAGCCAGUGCUCCAAGUGCUGGGCGUGGUGGCGGCGGUGGAGGUGGCUAUGGUGGUGGCGGAGGAGGCUACGGUGGUGGAGGAAGUCGCGGUGGCUAUGGCAGUGGUAGAGGUGGAGGUGGCUUUGGCGGUGGAGGUGGAGGUUACAGUGGUGGCGGUAACGAUCACAACUCUGGAUAUUAA